AUGGCGUCCAGUGCGAAGCGAAAGCAGGAGGAGACCCACUUGAAGAUGCUGCGGGAGAUGACCUGCCUCCCCGCGAAUAGGAAAUGUUUCGACUGCGACCAGAGGGGCCCGACUUAUGUCAACAUGACAGUGGGAUCCUUCGUGUGCACCACCUGCUCGGGCAUUCUGCGCGGUCUGAACCCUCCUCACAGAGUCAAGUCCAUCUCUAUGACCACCUUCACACAACAGGAGAUCGAGUUCCUACAGAAGCACAGCAACGAGGUCUGUAAACACAUCUGGUUGGGCCUUUACGACGACCGGACAUCGGUGGUGCCAGAUUUCCGAGAACCGCAGAAAGUCAAAGAGUUCCUACAGGAAAAAUAUGAGAAAAAGCGGUGGUAUGUCCCCCCGGAUCAGGCCCGGACCGUGGCCACCAUCCAGGCCUCGGUGUCCGGCUCGUCGGCCAGCAGCACCGGCAGCACCCCCGAGGUCCAACCGCUCAAGUCCCUGCAGCUCAACAAGACCCCACUACGGCAGUCGCCGGGCCUCAGUCGCACACAAACCCACAACACGUCUCAGGAGAAGAAGUUUGACCUUCUCUCGGACCUCGGAGGAGACAUCUUUGCCGCGCCGCCCGCUCAGACUGCCACCUCCAACUUCGCCAACUUUGCACAUUUCCCAAGCCAAUCGGCGCCUCAGUCCAAUAGCAACUUUGCAAACUUCGAGGCGUUCGGAAACACUACUAUUCCAUCUCACCUGAGCACCUCACCCCCCUCACAGUCAUCAGGAGGAGUUCCCAUUCCCUCCAUGUCCAGUGCGGUGCCGGCUCAGACGCUGACAGGAAGCUGCUCGGAGGAUCGCUACGCUGCGUUAGCCGAACUGGACAACGAGCUCAGCACCUCGGCCUCCUCCGGCAGCAACGUCCCCGGAAACCUGUUUGGGCCAGUGCUGGGUUCUUCUCCUGCUCAAAACGCUCCAGUCCUCGCCGCCAUGCAGCCGGGCUUUGGAGCUGUGCCGUCCACAAACCCGUUCGUCGCUGCAGCUGUGGCUCCAGAAAUGGCCACUAAUCCUUUCCAGACCAACGGCCGAGCUCCAGUAGCAGCCUCCUUUGGUACUGGCUCUAUGAGCAUGCCCGCCGGCUUCGGGAAUGCCUCGUCCUACUGCCUCCCAACCAGUUUCAGCGGAAACUUCCAGCAACAGUUUCCCGGCCAGGCCCCCAUCCCUUACGCUCAGCCUGCGGGGUACCACCCCCAGUCCAAUGGUCCUGCAUUCCCCGUCUACGCUCAGAACAAGCCCUCCAUGACGCCCUUUGGGCCCCCGCUGGCUGCUCCUGGCAUGACCAAUAACCCUUUCAUGGCAGGGGCCCCGGCCGGGCCCUUCCCCUCAGGAGGCUCCACAAACCCAUUCCUGUAG